AUGCCAUCGAACAAAAUCGUUGUCGUGGGAGCGGGGGUCACCGGCCUGACAACGGCCCUGUUGCUUUCCAAGGACUCGAGCAAUGAUGUGACUGUCAUCGCGAAACACAUGCCCGGAGACACUGACAUUGAAUAUGCAUCUCCAUGGGCGGGUGCAAGUUAUCUACCCUUUGGUGCCAAGGGCAGCCAGAAUGCGGAAUAUGAGCAGGCCACUUGGCCCCCGCUACGUGAUCUGGCUCGGAACAACCCCGAGUCGGGGAUUCAUUUUCAGGAUAUCACGGUCCAAAAUCGUCUCAAGGACCAGCAGACCGUUACUGGAAAGUGGGCGGCGGAACUGACAUCUUCGAGUCCCUGGUUCAAGGAUUUGAUGCCGAAUUUCCGCAAUCUGCCUGCCGACCAGUUACCUCCCGGUAUUGACAACGCUCAAACUUUCACAUCCGUCUGCAUCAAUCCUGCAAUCUAUUUGCCGUGGUUAGUCACUCAGUGUAUGAAAGGCGGCUGCGUCUUGAAACGGGCUGUCUUGAGCCAUAUUGCCGAUGCGGCUGAUGCGCACCACUCCGGCGUCAAGGCGGAUGUGGUGGUCAACUGCACCGGUUUGGGCUCUCGAACACUCGGUGGGGUCACUGAUGGUCAAGUCCAUCCGAUCCGCGGCCAGAUUCUGAUGGUUCGCAACGAUCCGGGGUCCAUGACGACCAUUUCAGGAUCCGAUGACGGGUCAGAGGAAGUUGCUUAUAUCUUCCCAAGGGCAGCAGGCGGCGGCACAAUCAUUGGCGGCACAUAUCAGAAAGACAACUGGGAUCCCUUGCCUGACCCGAAUUUUGCCAAUCGAAUCAUGCAGCGGGCCCUCAAGCUUGACCCGCGCUUAGUGAAGCCAGGGCAAGGUGUGGAAGGGUUGGACGUGAUCAGACACGGAGUCGGUCUCCGUCCGGGACGAACAGAUGGAGUUCGUAUUGAGAAGGACCAAGUGAACGGAGUGAAGAUCGUGCAUAACUACGGCCAUGGAGGAUUCGGAUACCAAGUCUCGUGGAGCUGCGCUGAGAAGGCAGCUAGGCUGGUCAGCGAGACUCUUCUGCAGAAGGAUCGGGCGAAACUCUGA